AUUUACCAAAGCUAAUGUCAGCAAGCUGCAAUUGAAUUUUCUCUUAAAUUCAACAGUGAUGUUAUCUCUAAAGUUUAGUUUGACUCUGGUCAUAGUCUUUUCAAUUGUAGCCUCAGUUUCAUGUGCUGAGAAUGUUGAAACUGAAGCUUUGAAAGCUUUCAAGAAGUCCAUCACAAAUGACCCAAAUGGAGUCCUUGCAGAUUGGGUUGACACCCACCAUCACUGCAACUGGUCUGGGAUUGCAUGUGACUCUACAAAUCAUGUUGUUUCAAUUACUCUGGCUAGUUUUCAGCUCCAAGGUGAGAUUUCACCAUUCCUUGGAAACAUUUCUGGCCUUCAGCUUCUUGACUUAACUUCAAAUUUGUUUACUGGGUUUAUUCCCUCUGAGCUCAGUCUCUGCACUCAACUUUCUGAACUGGAUCUUGUUGAAAAUUCUCUCUCAGGACCAAUCCCUCCUGCAUUAGGAAACCUGAAAAAUCUGCAGUAUUUGGAUUUAGGUAGUAACCUUUUGAAUGGAACCCUCCCUGAGAGUUUAUUCAACUGCACUUCUUUGUUGGGUAUUGCUUUCAAUUUCAACAACCUCACUGGGAAAAUCCCAUCAAACAUUGGGAAUCUUAUCAACAUUAUACAAAUUGUAGGGUUUGGGAAUGCUUUUGUUGGGUCUAUACCUCAUUCCAUAGGUCAUUUGGGAGCUUUGAAAUCUCUUGAUUUUAGCCAAAACCAGUUAUCAGGUGUGAUACCUCCAGAGAUUGGAAAGCUGACAAAUUUAGAAAACCUACUACUGUUUCAAAAUUCCUUGACUGGGAAAAUCCCUUCUGAGAUUUCUCAGUGUACCAAUCUUAUAUACCUUGAGUUAUAUGAAAAUAAGUUCAUUGGAAGCAUUCCUCCUGAGCUAGGAAGUCUAGUCCAAUUGCUGACUUUGAGGUUAUUUAGCAAUAACUUAAACUCCACCAUUCCAUCUUCCAUAUUUCGGUUGAAAUCGCUAACGCACUUAGGACUCUCAGACAAUAACUUAGAGGGAACAAUCUCUUCUGAGAUUGGAUCUCUGAGUUCCUUACAAGUGCUAACCCUGCAUUUGAACAAGUUUACUGGGAAAAUCCCUUCAUCAAUAACAAACUUGAGAAACUUGACAUCUCUGGCUAUUAGUCAGAAUUUCCUUUCAGGUGAACUCCCUCCAGACCUGGGAAAGCUUCACAAUUUGAAGAUUCUUGUCUUGAAUAACAACAUUCUACAUGGACCCAUUCCCCCUAGCAUUACCAAUUGUACUGGCUUGGUGAAUGUGAGUUUGUCUUUUAAUGCUUUCACUGGGGGAAUUCCUGAGGGCAUGUCAAGGCUGCAUAACCUCACUUUUCUGUCUCUUGCGUCAAACAAAAUGAGUGGGGAAAUCCCUGAUGACCUCUUCAACUGCUCAAAUCUUAGUACUCUAAGUCUAGCAGAAAACAACUUCAGCGGAUUGAUUAAACCUGAUAUCCAGAACCUGUUGAAACUCUCGCGUUUGCAACUACAUACAAAUUCUUUCACGGGACUGAUCCCGCCGGAGAUUGGAAACUUGAAUCAACUCAUCACUUUGACCCUUUCUGAAAAUAGAUUUUCAGGUCGAAUUCCACCAGAACUUUCCAAACUUUCUCCCCUUCAGGGACUCUCCCUCCAUGAGAAUUUAUUAGAAGGCACAAUACCUGAUAAACUCUCUGAUUUAAAAAGACUAACAACACUUUCAUUGAAUAACAACAAGUUGGUUGGUCAAAUACCAGAUUCUAUCUCAAGCCUUGAGAUGCUUUCAUUCUUAGACCUCCAUGGAAACAAAUUGAAUGGAUCCAUUCCCAGAAGCAUGGGGAAGCUUAAUCAUCUUUUAAUGUUGGAUCUCUCUCACAACGACCUCACGGGAUCGAUUCCGGGAGAUGUCAUUGCACACUUCAAAGACAUGCAGAUGUAUCUUAACCUUUCAAACAACCACUUGGUGGGAAGUGUUCCACCAGAGCUGGGAAUGUUGGUAAUGACACAGGCCAUUGAUGUUUCAAACAACAAUCUUUCGAGUUUCCUUCCUGAGACGCUUUCCGGGUGCAGAAAUCUGUUCAGUCUUGAUUUUUCAGGAAACAAUAUUUCAGGUCCUAUUCCUGGAAAAGCUUUUAGUCAGAUGGAUUUGCUUCAAAGCUUAAACCUUUCAAGAAAUCAUUUAGAAGGUGAAAUCCCUGACACCUUGGUAAAGCUUGAGCAUCUUAGUUCCCUGGAUCUUUCUCAGAACAAAUUGAAGGGAACCAUUCCUCAGGGCUUUGCCAAUCUUUCUAACCUGCUGCAUCUCAAUCUUUCUUUCAAUCAACUUGAAGGUCCUAUACCUACAACAGGAAUCUUUGCACAUAUCAAUGCAUCUAGUAUGAUGGGAAACCAGGCUCUUUGUGGAGCGAAACUCCAACGGCCAUGCCGAGAGAGUGGUCAUACACUAUCCAAGAAGGGCAUAGCCAUUAUCGCUGCACUUGGAUCUCUUGCUAUAAUUCUACUUCUAUUGUUUGUGAUUUUAAUUCUGAAUCGACGCACCAGACUCAGAAAUUCUAAACCAAGAGAUGACAGUGUGAAAUAUGAACCAGGGUUUGGUUCAGCAUUGGCUCUUAAAAGAUUCAAGCCAGAGGAGUUUGAAAAUGCCACUGGUUUUUUCAGUCCUGCCAAUAUCAUUGGUGCUAGCAGCUUGAGCACAGUUUACAAGGGUCAAUUUGAGGAUGGCCACACUGUAGCCAUAAAAAGAUUGAAUCUGCACCAUUUCGCUGCAGAUACUGACAAGAUCUUCAAGAGAGAAGCCAGCACCUUGAGCCAGUUGAGACACAGGAAUUUGGUUAAAGUAGUUGGGUAUGCAUGGGAGAGUGGGAAAAUGAAGGCUUUAGCUCUAGAGUACAUGGAAAAUGGCAACUUGGAUAGCAUCAUACAUGACAAAGAAGUAGAUCAGUCAAGGUGGACAUUAUCUGAAAGACUUCGAGUUUUCAUUUCUAUUGCUAAUGGGUUGGAAUAUUUGCACUCCGGUUAUGGUACUCCCAUUGUGCACUGUGAUCUAAAGCCUUCUAAUGUCCUUUUAGACACAGACUGGGAAGCUCAUGUCAGUGAUUUUGGUACAGCUCGAAUACUUGGUCUUCAUCUACAGGAAGGUAGUACCCUUUCCUCAACAGCCGCUUUGCAAGGCACAGUUGGUUAUUUGGCACCAGAAUUUGCUUACAUAAGGAAAGUAACUACUAAAGCGGAUGUGUUCAGCUUUGGAAUCAUAGUAAUGGAGUUUCUAACAAGAAGAAGGCCUACAGGGCUCUCAGAAGAGGAUGACGGCUUGCCAAUCACUUUGCGUGAAGUAGUCGCAAGAGCCCUUGCAAAUGGAACUGAACAGCUUGUUAAUAUUGUGGACCCUAUGCUGACCUGCAAUGUCACAGAAUACCAUGUUGAAGUCUUGACAGAGCUCAUUAAGCUUUCAUUGCUCUGCACCCUCCCUGAUCCUGAAAGUCGACCUAAUAUGAAUGAGGUUCUAUCUGCACUUAUGAAGCUUCAAACAGAAAAAUAGUACUACUGUCUUGUUAAAUGGCAAACACCUUCAGUCAAUCCUUGGUGCUGCUUUUUCAGAAGAUGAAACAUUGAGUGUUUUCCAAUUACUUCAUUUUUAGUGUGUUUAACAAUGGCAAAGCUAUCUGGUAUCAAUGUAAGUUUUACAAUUAUGAUGAAAGGCAUCCGAUAUUUUUUGUACUCGAGUCUGCAAUUAGUAAGUGGAACUUUCGUACAAUGACUAGUAUUCUUUCACAA